UUAUAUAAUCUGAAAGAAUGUUUGAAAGCAGCUUUCCAAUUCUUCGUCACAAUUAUUCCAGGAGGCGCGUGUGCUCCCAAACAGGGUGCAUUUUGUCCUGUUCUGAAUCUGUUCCUCUCUUCCGGUUUGAAAACAGAAGUUUGCUGUGUUCAUGCUAGUUUGCGAUGAAGUUUCAUGGCAUUUAGGGACAUUAUUAACAGCAUAAAACUUAUCCAAACAUUACGUGCCUAUGCAAACGUUUGAGGCACACGGGUCAGUUCGGUAUCAACAAAGCGAUUGCAAGAGGAGCGCGUAGGACUUUGGGUGAAAGCAGUAUGGAUGACGCCUUGAGGUCCCUGCCUACCAACGCCUCCUUUCCCAGCAAUGGGAGAGACCAAAGCCAUCAGGAUAUGUUCCAGAGGGAUCUCCUCUGCAUGGACUCAAGCUUCGAAGGUGCUGCUUACACUCCAAGUCCAUCAACACUGACAGAUCCCAUUUCUCCACCUUACGAAGUCCCCCAUGGAGGCGAGGCUCCGGUGACCUCCCCAAGUGGCGGGGGAGGCGGCGGCGGCCCCGUGGUCAUCAACGACAGCCUGCGCAACCCCACCAUCGAGAAGCUGGAGCGCGUGCGCAAGUGGAGCGUCAACACUUACAAGUGCACCAGGCAGAUGUUGUCAGAGAAGUUGGGUCGCGGCUCUCGCACGGUGGACCUGAACCUGGAGGCCAGCAUCGAGAAGCUGAGGGACCUGCGCAGUCGCUACGACAACGUCACCAAGCUGGCGCAGACCCUCGCCUCGCAGACGGCCCAGGUCACGCAGACGCAAAAGCUCCUGGGAGACGUGUUCGCCGACCUGAGCAUCAAAACCCCCGAGCUGCACGAGGAGUUUGGUUUCAAUGCGGACACACAAAAGUUCUUGUCCAAAAAUGGAGAAACGCUGCUGAAGUCCAUCAACUCCUUCACAGCCGGCAUGAACACCUUGGUCAACCAGACCAUCGAGGACACGAUGGUCAAUGUCAAGCAGUAUGAGAAUGCCAGGAUCGAAUACGAUGCGUACCGUACAGAUCUGGAGGAGUUGAACAUGGGCCCGCGGGAUGCCAUCACCCUGCCUAAGAUCGAGCAGGCCCAGAUGCUGUACCAGCAGCACCGGCAGAAGUACGAGAGGAUGCGGGACGACCUGACCAUCAAGCUCAAACUCCUGGAGGAGAACAGGGUGAAGGUGCUGCAGAAGCAGCUGAUCUUGCUGCAUAGCGCGGUGGCGGCCUACUAUGCCGGCAAUCAGGAGAAGCUGAACCACACGCUGCACCAGCUCCACAGCCGAAUCCGCACCCCCGACACCGGCCUGCAGUCCUGGCUGGAGGACUGCUGAACACCUAAUGCUAGCUCUGCGCAAGCUAGAUGACCCC